AUGUCUUUAAUACCAUUCAAUUUUAAUCCUGACGUUGAAGGUAUAGACCGUUACUUACAAGAAGAUGAUGACAAUUCUGUGGCUAUCAAUUAUGAAGGUAGAUUAAAUAAUUCGAAUUGGUGUUCUUGUGGAUACUGUAAAGGCAUGCAUAGUGAUAUCGACUGUUUAUGCUGCAAUGAGUUACCAAAUUUAGAAAAAAUACGAGAACAAGAAGGAAAAUGUAUUACUUUGCAUCAAUCGUUUUCGAAACUAAUAUUGGAUAAAGAAAUACUAAAUAUAACUAGCCACAAUUUAAUACUAAAAACUAAAAACAGUAUUAAUAAAAAAAAUUGGAGCAACAUCAUCCAGAAAAUGAAACGUGGAGAUUUAUUUGUUAUAAACAGAAUACGUCUUGGAUCAAUUCUUGAAUUGCUAUGGGGAAAGUAA